AUUUGAUUGGACGGUUUUAAUGUUUUCCUUUUCAAACUCGCUUUUGAACCGGAAGCUCUAAACGAGCCGGUGAAAAAGUGAAGCACGCAGGAAUGAGUGUUUGAAUCCGGCUGCAGGGCUCAGGCUGGCGGAGACCAUGAGAGGAAGAGCUCAGCGCAAGGUGGUGACGUCAGGAAGGCUGACGGGAGCAGUCAGAGGGGGUCUAGCCACCUUAAAUCCAGGAACAGCUCCCUGCCCUGAGCCGGCCUACUCUCUGUACUCUACCGACUCCGAGGACCAGGUCAUCAGUCUGCACAAGGGUCUGGACCGCUGUGCUGCCCUGCUCAGUGGGAUCCUUCAGGCUGAUGAGGCAGUGUCUCCAAGGCUUCACAGAACAGUAAGCAGUGUAGCAGUCAAACCAAGGCUAUCCACAUCAAUGGGGAAAAAGAGCUUGAAGAAAGGGCCUCCAAAGGCAGGCCAGAAGAGCGUGUCAGGCCAGCGUGGAUCGGACAGCAGAACUCCACGAGGACACCCAUCUGCCCGUCCUGCACCACAUUCAGGAGUGAAGCUACAUCCACCUCAGAAACGAUGUCCCACCCAGCUGCAGUCUCACUUACUUUCAGCACACGACCAAACACCUCGACUUCUUCCUCACACCGUCAGUCCACCCCAGCACGAGGCGUCCAUCCUUCUGUCUGUGCGUCAGUCCUCCUCUCUCUCGAGCCAUCAGACUGCCUGCCGGCCUGACUCUGAAACGCCUCACACUACGUGUGAUGAAGCACAAGAGUUUGUUCCUGUGAGAGACACAAACACCCAGAGCCCCAGCACACACACUCUCACACAUGCACAUGGAGACAGCUGCAGUAUGAAGAUGGCACACUUACAGCUGGAGCCUGGACAGGCUGAGGAGAGCAACAUUGAGGCACAAACAAAAGCUCACAAGCUUCAGUAUCUAUUCGCACAACUCAAGGCUCUGAUUGCUGGACAAGGCAGUGUAGCAGAGAGCCUACUCAGUCAUCUGGAGCAGACUGUGUCCCCAGCACAGAUGAAUAUUAGUGCUUCAAACACCCAGAGUGUGUCCGACCUGCACAGGUGUGUGAGGAUCCUGGACCAGCAGCCAGAGACGGAGAGACAUCAGAACCAGGCGAUACUCUGGCAGAGACUUCAGAAAGAGCUCACUGCUGCUCAGUCCAGGCUGCAGGAACUCCAAGAUGACCUGACGGACCUACGGAAAACCCUGCAGGACACACAGAGCCAGCUGAGAGACCGAGAGGCUGAAACUGCACUCGUUAAGAUGGAGCUGGAGGCCAGUAAGAGUAGGUUACUGGACAGUGAGCGGGAGAAGAGUAAGCUGGCCUCGCUGGCACAGCAAAGGCUGAAGGAGAUGGAACACCUUAAAAGUCUCCUCUCAUCAGAUUAUCCUGCUGUUGUUGACAGCUCUGUGUCAGAGACAAGCCAACACCAGCACAGACGGGAUCCGCCAGCGCCCCCUACUGACCAUAUCGCCCAAUACCUGAAGUCUCUUAGCCAGAUGGCGCCUGUGCAGUGUGUGGAUGCAGAGAGAGAUUCAGACUCAGCAUCACAUCUAGACAUCACCGCUCAGAGGAGUGAAGAUCCUGCAGGGACUCGGCACGAGUCUAAUCGUGAGCGGUCCACUGGUCCAGGUGAAGCCCUGCGGCCAGAGGACGCUCGCAGGCAGCUGUUUAACUCCACGCUGUCCCAGAGUGAAACAGAGUCUGUGUGGUCUGAUUUGACCUUUGACACCAGAGACGAAGCAGCGUUCAGAGACGGUCUGGCAGCUUUAGAUGCUAGCAUAGCCAGUCUGCAGAAGACUAUUAAGCUGGACCUGAGGAGGUGACCGUGCUGGUCUUUGUAUUCAUCCAUGUUUGGGCCUUGUUGAUGAACCGUUCUGUAAAGUGUUGAAGAUUUGGAAUAAAGCUGUUUUUAUGAAUUUCUUCAUGGACAGCACACUGCUUUGUUCUGCUGCUCGUGGAGAUUUACAACUUUCUCUCUAACAAGUCAGACAGUGCUGCGUGAAGAGUUCUGUCCAAAUCACUGAAAGUACACCAAAAAUGAUCCUUUAUUCUGGCGGGCUUGGAUAGUCAAACUCCUCAGGUUAGUGAAUUUGCACAAGAAAGCAGAAAAUGAUCAGCAUGAACCCAAAGGCAGUCUGAGGAGAAAAAAAUGGACUGAAGGGAAAGUACUGAGAUGAUCUCAGAGGCUGUGGAAGUGGUGCAUUAUCUCUGGGGUUAAUAUAAAUGUACAGACGGGCAAAAUAAAUCCAGCAGCCACAAUGGUUUGAGUGCACGGUGUCGUCGACAAACGUGGAGCACAGGCCUGGUAUCGCAGCGAAGCUUCUACCUCAGUGAUGUCAUCCCUGAGUUCAGGCAGUCUUUAGGUUUCUCGUCAGGCAGCCUGAUGUCACCUUCUUGUAGUAAACAGCCUGGCCUCUUUGGUGUGUUUAAAUGUGAUGUCAAACAUGUUUAAACUGUACUUUAAUGUAUUUGAAAAGUAUGAUUAAAAUUCAAGACAACCACAAA